AUGCCCAUGCCCUAUGUCCAUCACUGUGACUGUAACAUCAGAGCGAGGACAGGAGUGUGCGUGACUGAACUGCUGUGUCUUGUAGGGGACAACCACACCCUGAUGAUCCUCCUGUAUUCGGUCAUUUUCUUCUUGAGUGUGUUUGGAAACCUGCUGAUCAUCGUGGUUCUGACGGUGAACAAGCGCAUGCGGACCGUCACCAACACGUUUCUGCUGUCUCUGGCCGUGAGCGACCUCAUGAUGGCCGUGGUGUGCAUCCCGUUCACACUCAUCCCCAGCAUCCUCAAGGACUUCAUCUUUGGAGCAGCUAUGUGCAAGAUUGUGGCCUACCUCAUGGGCAUAUCCGUCAGCAUUUCCACAUUUAGCCUGGUUGCCAUAGCAAUAGAACGCUACAGCGCCAUCUGUAACCCUCUGAAGUCUCGGGUGUGGCAGACACGCUCCCAUGCCUACAAAGUCAUUGCUACAACCUGGGCGCUGGCCUUUGUCAUCAUGAUCCCCUACCCAGUGGUCAGUCACCUGCAGCGCCUGGACAACUCUACGGCUCAUCUGUGCCGUCACAAGUGGCCUCUGGCCACCGCCGAGCAGACGUGGUACAUCUUGCUCCUGCUUGUGCUGUUUGCCAUUCCAGGGGUGGUGAUGAUUGUGGCCUACGGACUCAUCUCCAGGGAACUGUACCGAGGCAUUCAGUUUGAGAUGGGACACAAGAAGGCUCCAUCAGAAGUGAAGAACGGCCUAACCUCCGCUGUGUCCACCGGCAGCGACGACGGCGACGGUUGCUACGUGUCCCAGCGGCCCGUCUCUGUGGAAAUGUCUAGCAUCAAUCAAAACAAGUCGAUCAAAUCAGAGCGUCCACGCAGCAACACCUCCGAGGCCAAGCUGGAGGCCAAGAAGCGCGUGAUCCGCAUGCUGGUGGUCAUUGUGGUCAUGUUCUUCAUCUGCUGGAUGCCUCUUUACUGCGUCAACACGUGGCGAGCCUUUGACAACGCGUCGGCCUUGCAAGCUCUGUCCGGCGCCCCGAUCAGAUUCAUCCACCUGCUGUCCUACACGUCUGCCUGUAUCAACCCCAUCAUCUACUGCUUCAUGAACACACGCUUCCGCAAAGCUCUGCUGCUGACCUUCUCCUGCUGCGCGUCGCCGUGCCGCCAUCGCCGCCGCCAGUCGAUACGGGAACAAGAGGAGGAUGCCUUGGCGACUGCCGCGUCCAUGUCCAAGUUCAGCUACACCACGGUCAGCACGAUGGGGGCCUGUUGA